AUGGCCACCUUCUCAAUCGUCGAAGAGCACGUUUCCGCGUUCAGUCCGGCAGUCGACGGCUCCGUGUGUCAAAGGACGGGAAGCAAGCGUCACGAAACAUGUCAACGAUGCGAACGGCCUUAUGAGCAUCAUGCUAAGGGCUGCCGUGACGACCAGUGUCAUGCGGGGAGGGAAGGGGGGAGAGGGGCAAGCGUCCUGCUCAAGCUCGAGCUGUACUCGGCCGCAGCGAAGCAAAAGACGCGCAUCCUGACCAGAUGCCUCGGCCUUGGCCCCGGCAGCGCCGUGAGCGCUGCGAGUAGCGCGUCAAUGUCGCACGCGUCGAGCUUCGUCCGCUCGACCCCGGGAGACAGCUCCCAGGUGAGCUCUAGGGAUGUACUGGCGGCGAGGCGCUUCGGCAGAAACACGCGUGGGAGGUUUCUCAUCAUCGUCCCCGUCAGCAUGAGCUCGUUCGCUCGUCAGUUUCAGCAUAACUGUCCAGCUCCCUUAGUACCGUCGCGGCAGCAUGGGCUCGUCCUGCGGCGCCCACUCGUCCAAGUGCCAGAUGGUCAGCAGUUGAUGACAUGUACCGUCCGUCCACUGCCAUGUCCUAUCUCGCUUGAGCGUGAGGACCAAGUACGGCGCUUGUCCGUAGUGCCUGCGCGGCCGGCCGUCAUUGGUGGCGCCACGGCCCAAGUCGUCCUACAGGCGCAGACCGCAGAAAGCGAUGACGAGAACCUCGAUGCGGACCUCCGGCGGCAGCACGGCGAAGAACGGCGAGGUGGAGAUGGCCGCUACCGCUAG